AUGGCAGAUGUCCUGUCACUCUUGCGAGAAUAUCAUCUCAGUGGGAAGCCUAUUGUUGAAACACAAAGUGAAGUCAUAUUUGGAGACUUUGCUUGGCCUAAGACUACUAAAACGAACUUCCUAGUAUGGGGGUCGGGAAAGGAAGGUACUCCAAAAGACUAUUAUACGUUGGAUUGUGUUGUGCAUCUACUAAAGCAUAUUGAUUUGCCCCAUACUCAGUAUGUGCGACAAGCAGCAAGUGCUGGCCUUCCAGUCGUACGACUUCCAGAUCGACGUGAUCUUUUAGCUUACCUGAAGGGUGAAACGACUACUGCACCAAAUAUUGAUAGAGCUGCACCAGUAGAUAUCUCUUUACGUCGGGCUGUAGCCAAGCAUGUCGAUAGUCAUAUGCAUAUCCGAAGAGAUGCAAGUGAUUUACUGGGUCCAGAUGGUUUCAGUAUCGAUGCUGAUUCCAAACGAAUGCGACUCGCAAACAACGUUGAUGGUCUGGACGAAAGUGUAUUAGGUAGAGAGUCACAAGCUCGACUGAAAUCCGCGGUACUUGAUGAUGAGGCGAUAGCGCGUGAUAAACGUGACUUAGCUGCUAAACUGGAGAGUUCUUUCGGCAACCGUUCCUCCAGUUUUAUUCAACCUGACCAAGUUAAAUCAAGCACAUUACCCGAAGCCGUCCCAUUAGACAAAAUUCAGUCUUGGCGGGCUAAAUUUCGUGCAAUUCAACAACAAAGAAUCAAGACAGGUGAUACAGACCAAGCAAUGGAAGUUGCUGUAACGAAUUAUUCUGGUCAGGAAGGGGAUGUCGGUUUAUCAACUCUCUCAUCCUUGGAUGCUCGAGAUUCUCGGGUUGGCCUUCAUAGUAUUGUACCCGGAGGUGAAUCUCAGUCCAUUAUCCGUAUUGACGAUAGUACUCAUGGUCAGUUAUAUUCCGGUAGCACUUUACUCAGAGCUUCACUUAUGGCGGAUGAAGCACCAGUACGCGCAAUUGUAGCUCGUGAGCGUCGUUGGCGGACUCGUGUUUCAGUUUUGCAAAGUCAAGGCAAAACAUUCUACGAAAACAUCGUUUUGGGGAUUUUGCGGAAUGUAAUUUUAAAAGAAGACUCUCAUGCUGCUCCCGAUGCAAAAGCUGUUGGAAAGUUUGGUUUUAUUUCUACUAAUGCUCAACCAACUCUUUUUCCCCAACCAUUGGCUGUUGGGACUUACUAUUCUAAACCUAAUGGCACCACAAAUUAUACGAACACUGGAUCAGCUAUGGCACUAAGUACUGGGCAACAUAUGUCGGUCUCCAACUCCACUGCUCAACAUCACUCACAGAUGCAUUAUUCAAGAUAUGAUCAAGAGCGUUUUGCUGGUGGUCGUGAGGAGACUGCCGGUUUUCGUAUUGAUACUAUGGGUACAUAUCAUGGAAAGGCUUUGGCAUCAAUGGUUUCUGUUGGUACACCUAAAUCUAAUCAAGACAAUUCUGUUGCUGGUGCAAACGCUGUCUGUACUCCAGGAACUAUUUCUAGAUCAAUGGGAAAUGAAACUCCAAGUAUUCCUUAUGAACCGCAACCACUUAGAGACCCUCGCGGUAUCAGUUCUGGCAUCCCCUUGACACCCAGUACGACUCCUGAUCCAUAUCGUGGCUUACGUUCCACCGCUGAUGCACGCCUUUCUGCUAGAACGAAAAUGAGAUCAUCUCGUAUCCCAAUUAUCAUUAUUCCUGCAGCACCAACCAGUUUGAUUACAAUGUAUAAUGCUAGGGAUAUUUUAGAGGAUUUACGGUUCAUUAAAUCCCAAGAGAAACAAGCAUCCGGUAUGCGUCGAGAAAACGAGAUACUUAUUCAGCGUCAUAAAUCUGAUGGUCGAACAGUGCCUUAUCGUGUGGUUGAUCAACCAAACAAAUUACUCUUAGAUGAAUGGAAUCGUGUUGUAGCUGUUUUUGUCCAAGGUCAAGCUUGGCAAUUUAAAGGUUGGCCAAUCAGCUCCGAUCCAGCAGUAAUUUUUUCUCAAAUCAAGGGUUUUCAUUUGAAGUACACUAAUAUGCCAUUGGAUCCAAAUGUAGCCAAAUGGAAUGUACGUGUUAUUGAUCUGGAUCAAAGGAGACAUCUAGACAAGGCAAAUUUCCAACAAAUUUGGGACCAAUUAGAUAAGCAUAUUGCCAGAAAUAAGCCAUUUUUACGGUCUUAG